AACUUUUUACCUAAAUUAAUUCGACUUGCCAGAUAGGAUUUUUGUUUGCUGGAUCAACCUUUUAGGCCGGGUGGCAGCACCUCUGUAUUAGACGCCGCGCGCUGAGGAACUAACAAUUUAAACAACUUUGAUUUGAUUUUUCAUGGCUUCGUCCCAGUUAAAAAAAAAACAAAUACCCUACAUUUUAAAAGGGGACAUAUUUACAAUCAAAAGGCGGAUUGGCAAUAAAGUUUUCGUGAAAUGUACGCACUGUCCGUCAAAGCACUUGAUUCGCGGCAACCUGUGUCACGGGACAGGCAACUUUCAUGAGCAUAUCAAACGUCUUCAUCCACAUCUGAUAGAUAAAGUGGCAUCAAUGAAAAGAGCAAAAGAAGAGAAAGUUGCGGCAGCAAGGAUUUCCAAGCGUCGAAAAGUGCGAAGCUCCGAAGUCGACGUAUCGAUGGAUAAUAAUGAGGACUGCUUAGACGAGGAGGAUUCUUCUUCUGAAGAUAUAGAUGUAGCUGCAUCAAAAGAGUUGCUGCAUUACCUGCGUUUAGUUCCAGAGAGCAAAGAAAAAAACCAAAUUCGGGAAGAAGUUCAAAACUUGAUAAGCCAACUGCGCAAAAUAUAUUCUGCAUCUUUGUAUGAACCCAUAUAAAGUGAAAUUGUUGCAAGCAGAAACGUUUAAGAAUACAUAAAUCCUAUUUAUUAUUGUAACACCAUAAGGAUAGAUCAUGAAGGUAUAGAGAUACAGAGACAGCGAUAAGAAAUGUUUAUUUCUCCAAGGCUAAACAAUAAACAGGAAUUAAAUACUAGUUGUUAGGUACUUGGUAUUCGACCUAUUUGACUUUAUAAUAAAAUGUACAUUAUUUUUUAAGCUAAGAGCACCGAAAUGAAUAAUGAUAAUUUGAAUAAUUACAUAAAAUUAUAAAUGUACGAUCAGCAUUUGACAAGGCUCACAAAAAUAAGCGGAAUGUAUAAAAUAAAUAUCAGCAAUAAUUUUGUAAAUAAA